AUGCCUUUCCUCUUUUUGUUCUUUGCAUUCUCCUGGCACAUUGGAGGUUCGAUGGCGCAUUGGCGCAUUGGAGUGUUGGAGGUUCGUUGGAGCGUUGGAGAGGUUUGUUGGAGGUUCAAUGGUGCAUCGGAGGUUCAUGACGCAUUGGAGGCUCAUGACGCGUUGGAGGUUCGAAGGCGCAUUGGCACGUUGGAGGUGCAUUGGAGGUUCGAUGGUGCAUCGGAGGUUCAUGAUGCAUUGGAGGCUCAUGACGCGUUGGAGGUUCGAAGGCGCAUUGGCGCGUUGGAGGAACACCUCAAGUUACAUGCCAUAUAUAGCACAGAAGGGCGGAAAACCAGGCAAAGCUCUGAGGUUAUAUCUGCAUGUAUCAUCGAGGAAUGGCGAGAUCCAUGGGUUGAAAGAUGGAUGGAGGAUCAGGUCAAGUGUGAAACCAUUCUCAACUGGCUACAUGACGCUAUCCUCAUUGACUUUGAGCAACCACUUGUUGAAGCUCUGAACUUGUUCUUGAGUGUCCAAGUACUAGUCUCCUAUGGUGAAAUAGAACAGGCACUGCAAGAGCUGAGUAGUUGGCAAGAACAAAUUGGAUUAAACGUACUCUUCAAUCACCAGAAGAACCUCACGCUAGAUCUGAUAAAUCAAUAUGAGGAUGAGCUACAGGACCCGGAGGAUUCCGAUUUGGACUCAGACAAUGACAGUGAUGAGGACUACAACAAUGAGGAUUACAGUGAUAAUGACAGCGACGACAAUUACGACGACGAUUACGACGAUGAUUACGACGAUGAUUACGACGAUGAUUACGACGAUGAUUACGACGAUAAUUACGACGACAAUUACGACGACAAUUACGACGACAAUUACGACGACGAUUACGACGACGAUUACGAUGUCGAUUACGACGACGAUUACGACGAUGAUAAACAUCAUCAUCAGCGCCAAAAGAUCCAAAAUCGCCGUCAAAGAGAUCCAUCUCCAGACAAAACUUCGUAUCUUCCACUUUGCAAACAGUGGAACUCGACAUUAAGAAACCAUUUGUUGAUGGCUGAUGCCGACGAAAGAUCUGCCAAAGAUUUGGAGAUAGGUCAUCGUGAAGUGGCACGCGCCAUACAAGCUAUGAAGAAACAUACUUACAAUUUCCAGACAUCUGGUCUGGCACGUACCAUUCUGGAGCUCACAAAUCGUUCAGCCUACUACGAUAAACCUCAUCAAGCCAGUUACGCACGAAGAUUUGGCUUUGGUUUAGUGUUAGGAGAUGUUCUUGGGCGUUGGACACCUGAUGAAUGGGCUCAGCAAGCCGAAGAAUCCCUUAAGGAAAAUCCACCAGCUGGAUACAAUAAAAGCGGACAUGACUUAAUUGAGGCGAUCACCUCCCAUCCAAACCUCAUCCCAAAAGUUUCGAAUCCUGCAGCUAUAUUUUUUCUCUGCUCUAGCGACAAUUUCCAAUUUGCAUGGAGAAGAUGGCCCUCUUGGGGCUUAGAUGCCGCUGGUUAUCGACGUAUAGAUGUGGAACUGAACACAGAUCCGGAUUUUGUUGAACGCUGGGAAGGAGUCGGAGUAACCAAAGUACCACCUGAAGAACGCAUGAAACCUCGCAAGGGCAGAAAGGCUAGCGAAACUGCUGAGAUUGUGGAUCCAGAUGAAAUUGGGCUGCGCAAGAUAGCUAUACGUGACAAAGAAGUUAUACAGCAUUGUGGUAAACAUAUUUUUCUGUUAUUUUCAAAACAAAAACUGCAAGAUUUUAUCUGGUACAAUGCAUUUUCACAUGGUCCAAAUGGCACAUUCAACCGCCUGGUUCGUUACUCACAAACUCCACUGGGUGUCCAGCCAGUUCUACGCAGUGGUAAAUUUGACUUCUGGGUAGUUGGGCAAAUGAUACCCUUUGGUGCACGGCAGCCAUCAGGAGGCCAUCUAGCAGAUCAUUACAUGUUCUACCAAGGUAUCAAUGCUGAUACAUUAUGGGGAAUCACCGUACUUUUUGAGCAGGCUGAGAUGUCAGCUACAAUUCUGGCAACAGCACGAGCUGUUCACCCUGAUCUAGUCAAGAAGAUCAAGAACCAGUCAGCGCUUUGUGAAAGAGUGGGCUUAUGUGGUCUCAACCUCUUCAACUGUUCAGGCUACACAGCACCACAGCAUUAUGAUAAGGACGCUACUCCUUCACUUUGUGCUCAGUUUGUGUUGCAAGCCGAGAAGAAGUGGAGUGAGUUUGCAUUUUGUGCACUUCAGUAUGGCUAUUAUUUUGAAUCACAUGAGAAUACGCUAUGGAGUUUCGACUCAACAUUACUUCAUGGUACCAUGCUUCCCUUUGAAAACACUAUCUUGCAUCUUCGAGGUGGAGCCAACAGUGUUGGGACUCAUACUACCACAUGUGAGCGUGACAGAAGACGGGCCGAACAGAAUGAGCGAACUAUCAACAACUACCAUCUCCGUCAACGUGCUUGGGCCGGACAUGAAAAUGUGGUUGUGUAA